UCUUAAAGCAGAUCCUUUUAUAAUUUACGCCUGCAUUUUGAACUCAAUCUUGUAUUAUUUUUGUUCGAGUUGAUUACGUWGUAUAAUUCCUUACGAACAAAGCCAUGGACCGACCUUGUUUGUUAAACCAUCUUUAGACGUCAUCAAUUGUGCUUUCUAUACGAGUUCUGACGUUGGACCUUCUUUACGGACGUUGCUAACGCUCUAACAAUGGGCCUCGUUGAGUUGAUUGGUUUGAAGACCACAUCUUACAUUCUUUGGCCUAUUAUUUCUCAAAAAUAGGCCUUUUAGAGGAUUAGUGAUAAUUACCCCAUUAAAUUUAUCCCUAAUCAAACCUUUAUGAGMUGUUCUAUUUAUAUGCAUUGGCUAUUUCUAAUUUGGAAUCCUUAUGCUAAAAAGCGUUUUCGCUGUUAUCCAUAGGCUCUGUCAAAUUCUUGUCUGUAACUAAGAAGUCAGUACGUACAACAGCAUUGGUUKUGGUAUAUCGAUUCAAGCCGGGAAAUUCUUUGACCUUCUGAACAUCACACCGGACUACAGUUAUAAAGGACUGCAGUUAUAAAGAUAUUCCAUGUAAUYUUGCAAGACAAUUAAGUGGUAAAUUCAGAGCCCCAAACAAAUCGUAAAGUUUCUUUCGUGUGAACAGAGUUAAUAACGGAGUUAACUCUGCUGUGAACAAACUGCUCCUCUGAAAAGCACAUGGUCAAAAGUCUUUUGUGUCAUCACUGAGUGGACUUGCUAAAAAAACAGGCAAUUGAAAACGUGUCUUUGAAAUUUUAGUGAAGUUGAUUUUUUCAGUUUUCUCUGGCAAGAUUUCGUCGUUGUUUACGAGUACCUUGAGCAAGGACAAUUAACAUAAGUUGUGUGAUAAUGUACAGCUUAAGAAGUUCUUUGCCUCCAUAUUUACUGGUAUAGAAACAAGUCCUUCAAGUGCCAUGGAUGACAGAGCAACAGUCAAGCAAUUAACAAGCGUCAGGCUACAAAAAGCAAUCAAUAAAAACCAAAACUUCGACUUGGAGCUUAAGAAAGAACUUCAAGUAUUAGAGGUCAAGAAAAAGGCCUCAGAAAAGGCSUUUGAACAAAGAAGAACUCAGUUCUUAAAACAUCGUCUGUGCCUUGAGCCAAUAAAGAAGUCACAUAGCUUCCACCGCAGUAGCAAUGGCUCAGAAAAAUGGAGACAACGGGCAAAAGUUUCUGGACUUUUGGACCUGAGGAACUGUUACUCCACUGGAAAUUUAUUAGAAUAUUUACUCAGUUCCAGAAAUGACCCUUCUUAUGCAAACGAAAGCUCCAGUGAGGAAAGGGAAAAGCUUUUCAAGAAAUUCAGCCUAGACUCGGCCAAGGAUGAUGGAGGCAAACAGAGUGACUCACUCUCGAAAAAUUGGGGCAAAACAUUCAGCGAGCCACAUUCUUUGAAGGGCAAAAAAAUUCCAAAGAAUAAAGGAAUUAAUGUUUGCACAAAUGAGACUGACAGGGGAAAUCAUAGCGAUGGCACUUCUUUUGAAAAUCUCAGAGUUCCUUCUUUCGGAAAUAAAUUAUCAUWUAGUGACGAUAAUUUAAGUGACAAGACAUCUAAACAAGGGAGAUGGUUAAAAAGCUGUGCGGCGCCCAGUAUGUUAGCCAUCCCACCCAUCACCAACCCCUUGUCUAAAAGUGACGAAUGUUUGUCGAGAAAAGAUAAAAAUAUCACGAGUCACAGAAAACAUCUUUCGCUGCCUCCUCUGACGAGAACACGAAGCAAGAGCUUGGAAGUUCUUCGAGAUUURCCCGAGAAUAAAACAGAAAGUAAAUCUGAAGGCAAAGAUAUUAAAGACACGAGAAAAUUGUCUUGGACUGAUGCUACCAAAAUGCAACGGGUGAAAACRAACUCGUGGUUAUCUGUGGAGCAACAGCCAUUGAAGAAGCAGGAAGCAGGUCAUGGUGGCAAGGAAGAAGGCGACAUGAACUCGAAGUCCAAUAAAAUGGAAAGAUCAUCGUCAACUCCUGAUCUGUUGGAUAUUGAGCCAGAAGUAGAGUAUCUCCUGCUAAAAGAUGAUAAGAUACGCCUACGGCGCAUGCGUGCUUCAUUACAUGCCAUUCGCGUAAUGGGUGACAUGAAAGAGUACAGAUACAUUAGGAACGUGGAAUUUGCACAYCAAAAUCAACAAGAAACGAAUCCACAGACUGAUAAGGUCAGUGGUAACGAUUAUCCUGAUCAUGCGCAAAUGCAUACACUUGAAUCUGAAGCCCAGUCCCAGGCCACUCAAGAUAUUUCUGCCAGAGACGUCGGUGGUGGCCUGGUUCAUGCUCUUGAACCAAACAAUCUCGAAGGUGCGGAAACGUGUGAGCAAAAGCCAAACGGCGAGAGAGRAGUAUUUGACGCCGCCAACAWAGGCGAAGAAGCCUYCACAGAGGAAGARGAUCGUUUAAAUUCAAGUGCAGAAUCAACUUUAGCUGAGAUGUUCGAUGAAAUAAAACAUACSAGGUAUCUCAGAGUACGCCCWAGGAUGUCCUCKGGYGACCCUGAUGAUGAAGAUGAUGAUAGCGAUGAUAAUAGUUGUAAUAUCUCGUAUGGGUAUCGGGUCCCGUUAAUUAUCGUUGGACACACUAAGGCCGUGAUGACACCAGACGAUUCCUAAUUUCAUUUAUUCAUAUUUACUUUAUAAAUUUAUAAAUGUAUUAGAUCAAAACAGUUGUCAUGCGAUUUAGGAGGGGUACGGAUACCUGAUGCCAACCACCUAUGAAUCUGUAAUCCUUAUUAGCCAUUCAGAGGUUGAGCAAAAGACUGGGUCGACUUUGGCAUUAGAGUGCAUUGUGGGGCUGUUUUAGGGGACAUAUUUCCAAGAUGGCGUCUAUUC